UACUAUUAUCUGAAAUUAGUUUUCUGCUUCUCCAAACAAACCCUUCAGAAACAUUACCAAAACCGUACCGGUUGGAUUGCAACCGAUUCGAGGCCGUCCCAUACUGCCUAUCGUGGGAUAAAGUCGCACUUUUGUCCUACUAAAACGGCGUACUUUCCGUACUUGGGAAGUAACGCCUCACGGGAAGAGGCACCUAAUCAGAAAUGAAUAGGUUCGAGUACUGCCAGGCUCGCUUAUGGGAAAGCGAAUCGUUUGUAGCCAAAGAUCGAAAUAUUAAGCUGUACAAUGGAGACGAAAAGACGAGUUAUGACGACGGGGAGUUAAUAUUGACUUCGCACAGAUUGAUUUGGGGUCGAAAUGGCGAACUUGCUCGUGGAGGAAACGCGCUUUCUCUGCGACUGCUGCACGUAACGUCGCUUGACCAGGAAGAGGCCAGUUCAAUGCUUUUUGGGAAGAAAAAAAGAAUUAUUCUUCGAUUAGGAGAGGUGUCCGCCGAUAAAACACCAGGACCCAUGGAUGAUAGCAUUGCUCAUUUUGUUAAAAUCUCUGGCCGCAACGGGGUCAGCCAGACCUUCGUAGAAUCGCUGAAAACGACAAUUUCUGCACGAGUGUGGACAGUCACUACCGCAGGGGUCUCCGCAGCAGAUACCGCGACGCCCACUACUACCAAAACGCUGCGCACCGGAAUCGGCGGAAUCGAGCGCGGUUUAGCAGAGAAGCAAAAACUAACGGACCAACACAUAAGUAUCGCUUUCCAGGAUCUAGACAAGUUGAUGGAAAUGGCGAAAGACAUGGUCGCGGUAACCAAAGUGGUUAGCUCCAAGAUACGCGAACGUCACGGGGAAGUAUCGGAGGAUGAAACAGUUCGCUUCAAGUCCUAUCUGAUGAGUCUUGGCAUCGAUGAUCCGGUAACUAGGGACGGUACGCGAAGCAGCUCGGAAUACUUCAUGAAACUAUCGCAGCAGCUGUGCGAAAUGCUACUUGAUCCCAUCACUGAAGCGGGUGGUAUGAUGUCGCUGGCAGAUGUCUACUGUCGUAUGAACCGAGCCCGGGGAUUAGAACUCCUUUCGCCAGAAGAUGUUUUAAACGCGUGUAAACUACUCACAGGACCGAUUACACUACGAUCUUUCCCCAGUGGAGCUAUGGUAUUGCAAUUAGAAACUCAUGACGAUGUACUAGUUUCGCAACGAACUACUGAACUCGUCAAACAGUACACCUCAAUUAGUACCGACGAGUUGGCACGUUGCGAAGCCAUUUCCUUCAUUUUGGCCAAAGAACGCUUGCUAGCGGCUGAAGCUUUUGGUUACAUAUGUCGAGAUGAAUCGAUCGAAGGAUUACGGUUCUUCGGCAAUAAAUUUAUUCAGUGAUUUUUCAAUCUAAACUCACUAGACAUGUAGGGUCAAACUAUAUCGAUGCAUAGUCUUUCUUUACAGCCCAGUCAGCAUCAAAGUGGAGUACCCGCAAAUUAUAAUCUGUUACAAGGAAAAGCUGCGCAACAUCUGC